AUGGCUAAGGGAAUUAUGGCGUUGUUUGAAUACGAAACUCCAAAAGUUGUGCAAAUAUCCAAUUUCAAAGUAGGUCUGGCACACAGAAUCAUACAGUUAUGCAUUUUCAUUUACGUUGUCUGCUGGGUGAUGAUUUAUGAAAAGGCGUAUCAAGUAAACGAGAGUGCAAAGUCAGCUGUUACGACAAAGAUCAAAGGAAUUGCGUUCACAAAUUACUCUCACAUCCCAGGAAUCAACGUUCGCAGUUGGGAUGUUCAAGAUUUCAUUACUCCACCGAUCGAAAAUAACGCUUUAUUUGUUACCACAAACAUGAUUGUAACAACAAAACAAAAAUUAACUAAGUGUGCAGAGUCUCCCGGCGUAUAUGACGCGUUUUGUGACCGGGAUUCUGACUGUGCUCCACUUAAUAUUCGACACUAUGGAAACGGAGUGAACACUGGAAAAUGCAUCCCUUCGAACACGGAGGGUUCGAGAACCUGUGAAAUCUAUUCUUGGUGCCCACUGGAGAAUGACACAUUACCGCUGGGUGAUUAUCACUUCCUUUUCCCCAUGGUUGAAAACUACACGUUGCUGAUCAAGAAUGACGUCACGUUUGAUAGGUUUGACGUGCGGCGACGAAACAUACAACAGUGGGUUUCAAAGAGGUUCCUUCAAACGUGCACCUACGACAGAGAACAUCCGGAAUAUCGAUACUGUCCAAUUUUCAAGCUAUCCACAAUAUUCAAGGAGGCGAUGGUCGACAAAUCUAUAUUUGUAAAGGGUGGACUCAUUGGCAUUGACAUCGAGUGGGAUUGUGAUUUAGACUGGGAUGAGAAAUACUGCAACCCCACAUACUCAUUUGUCCGUCUGGAUGACGCCAAAGCUCCGAUAGCGGCCGGAUUUAAUUUUCGUUACGCUCAUUAUUAUUAUCUAAACGAAACGCUUCAUCGUGAUUUGAUCAAAGCUUUUGGAAUACGCUUCCUCAUCAACGCACAUGGGAGGGCGGGUAAAUUUCAUCUACUCCCGCUUACAAUGAACAUUGGAUCCGGCUUGGCUCUUCUCGGUCUGGCUCCGACUAUUUGCGACAUCAUUGCCCUCAACUUGCUUGGUUCCAAGGAUAUUUAUCAGAGGGCCAAGUUUGAGGUGAUCCAAGACGAACAGGAACUGCUGGCAUCCAGGAAAAAGAGUCACGCCAAGUUAAUCGCCGAUACAGGAAAACACAAGCAAAUGAGCCCAUCAAGCGCAGAAGAUGCUCGCUCCAGUGGAGGGCCAGCCACUUCAUUAUGA